AUGUCAGACGAGGAGACGUACGGAGCGAGUGGGAGUGGAGGAGGAGGAGGCGACGAUGAGCUGAGCUUGCCACGCGCUACUGUACAAAAAAUCAUCGCAGGUGAGCCAUUAUGCAGCUCUAAAAGUCGAGAUUCGUGUCACGCGAGGGUGGUGGGGCGUACUGGGGCUCACAGCAGGGAGACGGUCUAGCUUACACGCGCUUUGCGAUAUCACCAUCCUUUCUGCAGAGCUCAUCCCAGCGGACAUGUCGUGUGCGCGCGAAACAAGAGACUUGGUGAUCGAAUGCUGCGUAGGUGGGUAGGCUCGAUGCGGGAGGGAUGUUGUCAUCGACACGUAGCUAAGUCGCGCACUUUUGCCCAUACAGAAUUCAUCCACCUUCUCAGCAGCGAAUCCAACGACGUGUGCGAGCGCGCCAGCAAAAAGACCAUCGCUCCCGAGCACGUUGUCGCCGCUCUCAAGGUGAGUGUCGUGCUCAAUCUGAAUUUGGGCGAGCGGACGCGUUGCUCCGGUCUGACCUUCUCCGCGAACGUCAUCCGAACAGGACCUCGGCUUCGAAGCAUACACGGCAGAGAUCGCAGAGAUCCUUGAAGAGCACAAAGUGCAACUCAAGGUGCGUGUGUGGUUAGGAUCCAAACGGCACUGUUCUGCUGUUGGCUGAGACUCUGCAAUGCUCCUUUGCGCCUGUUAGGAUCGUGAGCGCAAGACGGGCAAGAUGGAAAAGUCGGGCCUGUCCAUGGAGGAGUUGGAGCGGCAGCAGCAGCUGCUCUUUGCUGCUAGCGCCGCGCGAUAUGACCCUUCCUCUCACUGA